AUUACCUAUUUACCGAUUACAAAAUUACAAAUGCAGCUAUUAUAUCAAUGAUUAUUUUUUCUUUUCCAUAACUUUAAUGGUGAUUAAUAUUAUUGUAAUAAAAUAUAAAAACGCUGUAGCACAUGUUAUUAAAAAUGGUGUUUCUAUAUCCAGUCAAUUAUUCAAAGUAGCGCGGUGGCGGGCUGUGAGCACGGAUCAGGUGGUGCAGGGCCGGGCGGUGGGCGGCCGUCAGACACCAUUCGCCGUGUCAAGGUGAAGAUGUCGUCGGUGUCGGCUCAAGGCGUGGUGGAACGGGCUUCCGCAGAGUUAUCACGUCGCAUAACGGGACUCGGGUUGCGUGGUCGCAAGCGCUCUCCUGGCGUGGUUGAACGAGUCGCUAACGCGCUUUGUGGGCCUGCUACGGCCACUGCCCCACGAGUUCCUCGUCGCCGUCGACCCUCACCAAGACCUUUAGUGUGGAGUCAAUUUAUUCUAGAAGAAAGGUUCCUUGAAAAAUUCUUUUUAUACUUCAACGUGAAUGACAGACGGAUUCUAUCGCAAGUAUGCACUAAAUGGCGAGAUGUGCUGUAUUCUUCACCACGGUGGUGGGCGGGCCUCGUCUCUGUGCUCGACUGCCGCGAACUACGUUUGUCAACUGGUUGUUGCAUGCAAAGGUUUUAUAAUUCAUUAAUAAGAAGAGGUAUUCGUGGUGUUGUAUUACUUUCGGCAACUGAUGAUGAUAUCAAUGAAUUUAUAAAACAAUUUCCUCUAUCAGCUCAUCAUGUGCAUGCUAUCAGCUUAAAAGGAAGCACUAUAACAGAUAGAGGGUUAGAAGCUAUAUUGGAUCAUUUGCAGGUUCUUUUUGAGUUAGAAUUAACGGGAUGCAAUGAAAUAACAGAGGCUGGUCUAUGGGCAUGUCUAACUCCACGAAUCGUCUCACUCACGCUUACUGACUGCAUUAAUAUUGCUGAUGAAGCUGUGGGAGCAGUGGCGCAACUACUACCGUCUUUAUAUGAAUUCUCACUGCAAGCGUACCACGUAACUGAUGCGGCCCUUGGAUAUUUUUCGCCCAAGCAGAGUUCUUCACUUAGCGUACUCAGACUUCACAGCUGUUGGGAACUGACUAAUCAUGGCGUCGUUAAUAUUGUACAUUCUUUGCCAAACUUAACGGUUCUGUCACUGAGUGGGUGCAGUAAAGUGACAGAUGAGGGUGUGGAACUACUCGCCGAGAAUCUCCCGCGGCUGCGGAGCCUCGAUCUUAGUUGGUGUCCACGUGUUACCGACAACGCUCUCGAAUAUAUCGCAUGCGAUCUAAACCAUCUUGAGGAAUUAACGCUUGAUAGAUGUGUACACAUAACAGAUAUUGGAAUUGGAUAUAUUAGCACCAUGCAAUCACUGGUAGCUUUAUUCUUGCGCUGGUGCUCACAAUUGCGUGACUUCGGCGUGCAACAUCUCUGUGGCAUGCGAUCGUUACAACUUUUAUCGUUGGCUGGUUGUCCACUUUUAACAUCUGGAGGCCUCUCUAGUCUCAUACAACUGAGGCAACUGCGUGAGCUGGAGUUGACAAAUUGUCCUGGAGCAUCACCCGAGUUAUUUGACUAUCUUCAUGAACACCUGCCAAGAUGCCUCAUUAUAGAAUAGUAAUAUUGUUUACAAUUAAAAAAUAUAUGACAUGAAUUUGACAUGUGGAUAUGCACAGUUAUAGUAUAUUAAGCAGAAAGUUUAAAAAAUAGUUGGGUAAAAUUUAAAGGCUUAAUCCAUAAUAAAUAUGCAUUUAACAAGGGCCAUAAGAACUUCUAUAUAAUUUAUCAUAUUUUAUUAAAAGGUAGCGAAGGGCGUAAUAAGUUAAAAUACCUAUAGAAUUGUUAAGACUCCCGGAAGUAGAUGGUUACAGGUGCCAUUUGACUGCACCGCGUGCACGAUCAUUAUGUGCUCAAAGUUUUAUAGUCAAAAAUCUUAUAUGUGAUCGACAACAGCACGACCACUUUAGUAUUUGAUAUAGUUAGUAGAGCUCAUUUACUUACAAAUGUGGCCUUUAGAGUUUUAAUGGGAAAUAGAGUAAUAGAUUAUAUUGUAUUAUUAUAUUUAAUAUUAUGUUUUUUGUUUUGUCACCAAAUAUAAUGCACCUAUAUGAAGAUAUAAGUAUGUAGAAGUUAUAGUGCAGUACCAUUUCAACUGAUCUAACUAUGAUACAGAUGUAGAGCUUUAUUUAAAAAAUAUGUUUUAUUAAUGUAGAUCAAGUUUGUUUCAUAUUUUAUUAAAAACUACAUUGGGCAAAUAAUAUAUUUUUUAUGACAUUCAAUGCUAUUUUAUACAAUUUUAAUUACUAUUAAUAUUUAAAAGAAGCUUGAUUUUAUAAAUAUAUCGGAAAUAAAAAGUAAUAUACCUGUUAUUUUUUAAAUCCGAUAUACAAGUUUGCUCAAAUUGUUUUGUAUUGAAUUUAUCUACAUGUUUGUAUAUAAAGAUUUAUGCAUAAUUAUGUUUUUAUUAUGUAAAUAUGACACAGCACGUAAAUAUAAAUAAUUAAAGUAUAAUAGUUUUACAUAUAUUAGUGUAAAGUUCAAGAAUACUUCAUCAUUGUCUUGCUUUGGUUCAUUAUUUCACCUUAUUGAUUUAUAAUUCAUAAAAAACUCGUAGAAUAUUUUUUUUACAAUUUUUAAAACCUUUAUUACUAAUUAUUAUAAAAUGUUACAUCAGACAGUGAGUUAUUAUAUGAAUGUAAAACUUGGACAAUUAUUAUUAUAGUUUACUUAAGUAUUUUUUAUUAUUUCAUCUACAGCAAAAUAUUGUUGACCAAACUGAUUGUUAAAUAAUUUCAGAUUACAGUGAAUUUGAAAUUGUGAUACAUAAUUGAAUGCCUUUAUAAAAAUCUUCUUAAGUAGAAUCCUCUAACUUCCUAUUGAUAGCCAUAGAAAUAAAGAAGGUAUUUUAGACAAAUUACGUAAUAUCAAAAUAAUGAUGAUUAAAAUAAAUUUCAGAUGUUAAUAUUGAGACACUUAAACUUAGGCCGACACAAUAUUAACAUUAUUGAACGGACAUCAGGUAGUAAUGAUAAUAUUUCAUACAUUUAGAACUUUAACAUAACAAAAUCAGAGGCUUAACUUUCUUAACAAAUGGCAUAGUGCGUACGAAGUUGUUUAAUUUACUAUUACGUAAUGAAUUCUUUUUCACAGUAAACUGCUAGAAAUGAAACCAUUUUCCAAUAUAUCACUACUACAAUAGAAAUCUAUAUUAUUUGAUAUAUUAGUACUAUUACGGAGUGUGUACUGCUAUUAUUUCAUAAUACAUACAUCAUUAUGUGGUGUGAUCUUGUGAUACGUAUUAAUAUGUCUAGAUCGUUGAAAUAGUCGU